AUGAUAUUGCUGUUCUUCUUGUUUGGUUUCUGUCUGGCUGCUGUGGCUCCUUUAGACAAACAGGAGAUGAAGCUCCAGCGGGGCGGCUGUCCCCCGUUCUGGUACAGCUUCAAUGGCCGCUGCUACAAGUACGUCGCCACCUUGAUGACCUGGGCUGAUGCAGAGCAGCACUGUGUGAACCAAGGAGCCAACCUGGUGUCCAUCCACAGUCUGGCAGAAGAGAACUUUGUCAAAAUGCUGAUCAGAAACUUUGAUCCCGCUCAGGGAGCCAACUGGAUCGGACUCUCUGACAUUCAUAAGAAUGGAAGAUAUUUCUGGUCUGAUGGGUCCAGAUACAACUUCAUGUUUUGGAAUGCAGGAGAACCAAAUAAUAAAGGAGGAUCUGAACGGUGUGUGCACACCAACUAUGGCCCAUCGAAAGGAUGGAACGACAUAAAGUGCAGAGCUAAAUACAAGUUUGUUUGUAAAGCUUGA